GUUCCCCCGCUCAGGCCCCAUGAACAAGGUCAUGCUGAGACUAAGCAUGGGGUCUGGCCCCCGGGCUUUGCUGGGGAAGAGUCUGAGAGGAGAGUCUGCCUGGGCCAUAGAUGACAGGCGUUGUUGUGCCCUUUGCCCCAUGGACCCCCUGAGGCGAUCCCCCUCUCCCUGCUCAUCAAGGGCCUCCAGCCCCAGGACCCCGCCCUGCGAGAUGUUUGGUUUUGUGGGCAUUGAGGCCGUGCUGGACCAACUGAAGAUCAAGGCCAUGAAGAUGGGUUUUGAGUUCAACAUCAUGGUGGUGGGGCAGAGUGGGCUGGGCAAGUCCACAAUGGUGAACACACUCUUCAAGUCCAAGAUGUGGAAGUCCACCCCACCAGGCCUGGGGCAGGGGCCCAUGCCCCAAACGCUACAGCUGCACUCGGUGACCCAUGUCAUCGAGGAGAAGGGUCUGAAGCUCAAGCUGACUGUGACCGACACACCUGGCUUCGGGGACCAGAUCAACAACGACAAGUGCUGGGACCCCAUCCUGGGCUACAUCAAUGAACAGUAUGAGCAGUACCUGCAGGAAGAGAUCCUCAUCACCCGCCAGCGUUACAUCCCCGACACCCGGGUGCACUGCUGUAUAUACUUCGUGCCGCCCACUGGGCACUGCCUGCGGCCCCUGGACAUCGAGUUCCUGCAGCGGCUAUGCCGGACUGUGAAUGUGGUGCCCGUGAUCGCCCGGGCGGACAGCCUGACCAUUGAGGAGCGAGAGAACUUCAGGCGCAGGAUCCAGCACAACCUGAAGACUCACUGCAUCGAUGUGUACCCACAGAAGUGCUUUGAUGAGGACAUCAGUGACAAGAUCCUCAACAGCAAGAUUCGGGACCGGAUUCCCUUUGCUGUGGUCGGGGCUGACAGAGAGCACUUGGUGAAUGGGAAGUGUGUGUUGGGCCGGAAGACGAAGUGGGGCAUUAUUGAAGUGGAGAACAUGGCACACUGUGAGUUCGCCCUCCUGAGAGACCUGCUCAUCCGCUCCCACCUCCAAGACCUGAAGGACAUCACCCACAAUGUCCACUAUGAAAACUACCGUGUCUGCAGACUCAACAAAAGCCACAUGCUGCCCCGUGGCCCCGGCUGGGUGAACCUGGCCCCGGCACCCCCCAGCACCCCAGCUACCCCUGGGCCCUCGAAGGCUCGCCAGAAGGUCCACAACAAUUUCACAGAGGAGUGGUGA